UGCCUGUUCAUCUGUCAGGUCUCAGAGCUCCGAAGGGGCUGGACGGGCUGAUGGGUGAUGGACGGAUGGACCUGGGCCUGCCCUCAGGGAGCUCGAGCUCUCCUUGGGGGAGGCAGGGGGCAGGGUCGCGUGACUGUUUACUUUGAGGGGGAGGGGCUCCCCGACCCGUCUGCCAAGCCCACAGGCAGGGUUGGUCUGUUAAAGGGCCACUCCCAUCCUGCCAGGUGCCCCUGAGGCCGAGCUGCGGGGCUCUGAGAAGGCCUCCCCGACCCGUCUGCCAAGACUUGAAGGAUGAGGAACAUCUGUGGGAGGACCUGGGGGGGAGAAGCCCAGGCAGAGGGGAGAAGCCCAGCUGCUCGGGGGUCUGUUAAGAGAUGGGUGGUGACCAUGCCCAGUUCCCAGCUGGCUGUGUCACCGUGAGGAGGGACUGGCUGGGUCCCAGGACCCUUACCUGGAGAAUGAGGACCGCUAAAAAGCAGAAGCUUCUAGUUCAUCUGGGAGAACCACACUGUGAAUAGUAGAGUUUGCAAGAGGCUACCAUGGGGGAACUGGAUGUUGGGUGAUCUCCACUGUGUCUUACAACUGUACAGGAAACCACAAUUAUCUCAAAAUAAGUUUUUUAAAUGACAGUUCUGGGCGGUCCCCUUCCCUUCUUGUUGCCGGGACUGCCCAGGUACAGGGCAGCGCUGGCAGUCUCAAGCUGUCCCUCAUCGUUUUCACCAUCGUGUCAGGAAGAGAAAAACCCUGGAGAGCUUCUCACUGUCACCCGCAGAUUGCAGGGUUGGGACGGGUUCAGGCAGCUUGCACACUGCCCUAGGUGCCUAGGCAGGGCUCUGUCCCUGGCAGGGCGAGGGCGGCCUGGGGAUCUCAGGCAGGUGGCUGGCUUGGGGGCGUGGUGGGUGCUGGUGGCCGCGAUGGAGGUUGGGGUUUCUGGUUGCCACCUGCGGUUGUUCAGCCAGAGUGGAUGGAGCACAGUGGAGAAGCCAGGAACAAACAGGGCUGCGUGUCCCACACCUGCCCCGCUGGUGCUCAGGGCAGACAUCGCUAAUCAAUCACUAAGCAACCUCUCGCUUUGCUGCUGGCUUGGACACAGCCAGACCCCUCAGACCCCUUCCCUACACCCAGCCCUGGGCAGCACACUGGGUGUGUGAGACACCCAGUCCCUGGGCCUGGGGCUUCGGGAAAGCCCAUCUAUAGCCAUCGCCAUGCAGAGCUGCCAGCCAGAGAACACAGCUUUGCAAUUCUGGGGCCACCCUCCAGGCCGCCUGGGACCAUUUCAGCUCUUUGCAAAGAUCGAAUGAAAGUACUUGGUUUCGUGAGGGCCUGAGCUGCUGGGGUCCCCUGUGCAUUUGGGUAAAGAGGCUCCCAGUGACGCCCUUGUGCACAGGUGGAGGCGGAGGUUGUCCUAGACUCCUGCACGUCACAAACCCUUUCCCUCUGCUACUGACCCGGACCCCACGAGGCUGGUUUUCAUCCUCCUUCCUCAGGGAAGAGCCUGUGGAGCAACGGGUAGGUCCUCGCACAGACUAACUACUCUCCCUCACUUUCCCUCCCUCACGCAUUCAUUUCACAAGCAUUUAUGAAGCCCCUGUGUGCCUGGCAUGAGCAAUGCCUCGGUGACCAGGGUAGCUGCAGCUCCAGCCUUCAGAAAUUUUCCAUCCAAGUGUGACAUGAACAAGCACCUUUCCCUAAUUGUUUGCUUUCGAAUGAAAAUUUUAGACUAGGUGGUUCGUUAUUCUGUAAACCAGUCGUGUGUGACUUGAGUCCUUGCUGCUGUCUUCAUCCUGGGGCCUGGCUAGGUCGGCUGUGCCUGGCUGUGGUCACGGAGCGGGCCCUGUGGACCAGCACUGCGCUUUAGGUACUGGUCCCUGUCUUGUGUGACCCGGAGUUUCUCCACCUGGGCACUGUGGGCGUUCGGGCUGGGUAAUUCCUUUCUGUGCGGGACUUGCCUGUGCCGGGUGGGAUGUUCAGCCACAUCCCCUCACCCACCAGGUGCCAGUGACGCCCCUUCCCAGUUGUGACGACCACAAAUGUUUCCGGAUGUCAUCCGAUGUCCCCUGGGGGGCAAAAUCCCCAAUAAGAGCCACAACCUCGGCCCUAAAGCCGCGCUGGGUACAGCCAUCUGGGUGUGGGCCGGCGGUUCACGCUCCUGCCUGUCUCUUCCUCUGUCACUCGUGGGCGGUGGCUGCGAGUGUCCCUGCUGGCGCGUCUGAGCGUCUGACCGGCAGAAGUCAUUUUCGCCAUUCACUGAUGCCACCAGGGUUGCCUGGGGCUUGCAGUAAGAACCAGGCUCUGCGCUGUGGACUGGUCUCACCUCGCAAAGACGGGCAAGGUCCCAGCCACCGCGACCCUCACCCUGACCGGGUGGGCAGCCUGUACCCGAGGGGCUGAACAGGCUCCGGCUCUCACCAGCUUUGCCCAGUUGCUCUGUGACCCUGGGCAACUCCUUUCCCCCCUCUGGUCCCGUCUUCUUCUCGUUUGACCCAUUUCAGGGGCUUCCAAGCCCCCCAGGCCCCAGACACCCAGCAUCAGGGCUUAGUUUUCUCCCAGGGUUCCUCCCUGGGUCAUUCACAGCCCUCAUCACGCCAGGGAUCUCUGAGCCACUCAAGGUGCCGGGUGACCUCCCGCUUCCUCCAUAAUCAAUUUAAGUAUUAGGCUCUAGCAGUCGCUUUUACAUCCUGGGCCUCAACGUAAGGGUUUAUUUGAACUAACGGUUCCUCCACUAAAGGAGUGAACGCCUGCCGCGGUCUGUCAGUCUGCAGCGGGGAGCGUGCAGGCAAUUUGCUGCUGCAGGUCCCUGCACCCACCGCCGAGAGGAGUUGGUUUGGCCUUUUGGACGGGGAGCUCCCGUGCUGCUCCACAGCAGUUCUGAUGCGUGGCCUUCUUUGGAGAAUCACAUUGGAAAAAGAUUCCUGAAUCAUUUUCAAACUCACAUUAUCCCAUUAUCCGUGCUGCGUUUUCCUCGGAUACACGCACGCAGCCAUCCCUAGCAACUCUCCGUGCAAGUCUGCCCAGCCCCACAGCAACCGCAUCCCCCUCCUAUGCCUGGAAACAGGCUUUCCUUCCCUUGGAAGAGACAAACAUUCCUGCCCCUACCCCAGGGCAUUUGCACUUGCUGCCGUUUGCUCAGGAGUGUUCUGCCAGCUCCCCUCAUCCUUCAGGUCUCGGCUUCAAGGUCACCUCCUCAGAGAAGCUGUCCCUGACCACACCAUCUAAGCAAGGCCUCCCUUCCGGGCACUCUGUCACAUACCAACUCCAGUUCAGUGUUCCUGAGAAGACGUGAGGACGUUCUUCGCCAGAGACACCCACGUGGCUCAGAGAUCCCUGGGGCUCCUCACUCUUCUGUAGCUGAGGCGGUCACUGGCAGUGGAGUUUGCAGUUGUCUUGUUAGGAGUGAUGUAUUGAUACUUUACAAUGAUACUUUGUCUUGAGGAUAUAAGGUCACUUUAUACAUUGUAUUGGACAUGCUCAGUUACAGGGGUGCAGUGACAGUUUGCAAGGAUACUCUACAUCGGCAAUACAUGAUACGUGGAUACAUUGUAUUGGACAUACUUGAUUGUAUUGGGGGUGCAGUGACAGUUUGCAAGGAUACUCUACAUUGGCAAUACAUGAUACUUGGAUACAUUGUAUUGGACAUACUUGAUUGUAUUGGGGGUGCAGUGACAGUUUGCAAGGAUACUCUACAUCGGCAAUACAUGGUACUUGGAUACAUUGUAUUGGACAUACUUGAUUGUAUUGGGGGUGCAGUGACAGUUUGCAAGGAUACUCUACAUCGGCAAUACAUGAUACGUGGAUACAUUGUAUUGGACAUACUUGAUUGUAUUGGGGGUGCAGUGACAGUUUGCAAGGAUACUCUACAUCGGCAAUACAUGGUACUUGGAUACAUUGUAUUGAGGACAUUGGAUGGCAUUGAGGACAGAGCGAGACCUCACACUGGGAACACUCACACUGCUCUCCCUCCCCGGGUCUUGCGUGCCCCUAGGAAAGAGGUUGGAGGUUCUUUGCUGACUUCCGUGAGGAAGACAAUAGGGGCCCGUGCUUCCAGGGUACUUAAAAUCCUCUUUCUUCAUUUCUAAAUUUUAAAUGACGUGUUUAGAAUUUAAUCUUCAAACCUGGGAGCCAGACCUGCAAGUCGAGAGAUGACAGCCGCGCGAUGGUUUCAUUUGGCUGGCGGCAGCAGCCAGAUGGCAGAUGCUGUGCUCGGGAGACGGGGGAGGCUGGGAGGGAGGGAAGCGGCUUCUGUUUCGGCUUUUCCCUCCCCCUGCAGCGAACCCCCUCCCAGUGCCAGGCCUGGGCUGUGCCCUAGGGAUCGCUUAAGGCUGCUGGCGCUGGGCGCUGCCAGGGUGAUCCUAGUGACAGAGGGGGGCGGGGCUCUCCCAGACAGUUCCCUUUUUUAAAAAAAACAAAACAAAAACUUUUUAUUUUGGCAUCAUUGUUGGUUAGCAUGCGGUUGUAAGAAACACAGAGAGAUCCCAUGAACACAUCACCGAGCUUCCCCCGACGGAAACAUCUUACAUAACUACAGCACAGCGCCAUAGCCAGCAGUUGACAUUUAUUACAAACAUCAACCUCAUUCACAUCUCCCCAGCUGCGCAUGCGCUCGCUUGAGCGUGAGUAUGCGUGUGUUUAGUUCUGUGCAGUUUUGUCACAUGUGCAGAUGUGUGUGGCCACCAGGGUUGGGACACAGCAGUCCCAUCACAAGGACCCCUUCUUCUGCCCUUGGAUAGCCUUACCCGCCCCCCUCAGCCCUGACAACCACUGAUCUGUUCCCCAUCUCCACAAUUUUGUCAUCUCAAGAAUGUUACGUAAGUGGAACCAAGCGGUAUGCAACCUUUGGAGAUUGGCUUUUCCCACUCAGCGUGAUCCUCGGAAGAUGUAGCCAGGUUGCUGUAAUAUCAGUAGCACAUCCUUUUUCGUUGCUGCGUAGUGCUCCAGGUGUGAAGCCACCAUGGUCAGGUUAACCAUUCGCCUGUUGAAGAACAUCUGAGUUGCUCCCAGUUGUUGGCUGUUGCAAGUAUAGCUGCUAUGAACACUCACGCACAGGUAUUUUGCGAACAUUAAGUCUUCGUUUCUCAGGGAUCAAUGCCCAGGGCUACCACUGUUUACUUUUUGAAAGACCCUUCACUUGACAAUCACACCGUGCUCUCCUCUGGCCUCUGUGGAGAGACGAGCACCCUGGCGAGCGGGCAUUCGAUGGGGAUGGAUGCCUUCUCCAAAUGUUAGCUGAGAGCUGCCAGGUGGGGCGUCGACCACCAUGGACUUAGCGUCCACGAGACAAACAGGGGCCCUCUCGUGGGGCUUUCUUGCUGGUGCCGGGAAACCGGCAAGGAACGGGCGAGCAAUUUAACAGAGAAGGCGUUUCUCGUAGAAGCUGACACUCAGUGCUUCCCGCGUGCCAGGUGCUUUCUGGGUGCCUUGCAGUCCUCAAACCACCCAGCCAGGUAGGGCCAUCGUUCGCCCCACGGCACAGAUAAGGCAGCAGAGGCAGAGCUGGUCCCAGAGCCGGGAUAAUCCAGGAUCCUGAUCUUACACUGCGUUCCCCUCGUGGCCAAGGCGGGGCAGGAGAGGUGCAGAGUGAGGGGGAGAGGUGUGGGUGCACUUGGGACGAGCCACCCAGGGAGAUCGCCCCCCCCCCCCGCAGAGAGAACUGCACGUGCAAAGGCCCUGGGGUGGAGACAGGAAAAAGGCCAGGGUAACUGGAGCGAGGGAGCAAGGGAAUGAGGGGUGAAGCACGUGAUGAGGUCGGCUGGGCCUCAUGGGGUUUUAUUCUGAGUGUGAUGGGGAGUCAGUGACUCAGUGGAUGUUUUUUAAGAAAUUGCCCCGGCUGCUGGGUUAGAAUAGACUGGGGUGUGUUUGCAACGGAGGGAGGGAGGCCAGGAGAACAUGCAGCCUGAGCGGCGACCCCCAAGUGCCUCCCAGCCUGGGCCCCGGGGGCGUCCGCGCGGACCGUGGCAGGGCGGGGCAGCAUCCCCCGUGGCUGGAUCUGCCAGCCAGCCGCACUGCGAGCUCCGGCGAAGUCUGUCUCCUGAGGGAUUUUCCCAGUUUCUCGCCUUUUCUCUUUCUCCCUAUCUCCUACCAGCUGUGAGCCUAUAAAGUGGAUUUACCUGCGCACUGUCGGCCUCGCCAGCUCGUGCGUAAACACGCGCCCGCCGUCCGUGCCGUAUCCAUCACGCCUCCCCCGUCAGGCCAGGCCGCCUGCUUUGUAAUCGAAUGAUGGCCACCGUUUAUUAUGCACUUGCUGUGUACCCGCUAGUGUUUGGACAGCUAGUUCCCAUAUAUACCCGCUCAGUCCAACCUUUGGCGAUUCUGUGGGGUCGAUGCUGUUGGUGGUCCACGCUUUACCACGGGGAGGCUGUGGCCAGGGCCCGCGUGACCCCCAGGGUCACUCAUACGGGAAGUGGCCGCGUCUGGAUUUGAAUUCAGAGCCGCCCGCCUCCCACAGCUUCGCUGGGUCCCCAGCCAGAGCUUGGAGAAAAGGCUCCGGCAGCCUCCCCUGCCUCCUCCGUAGAACAGUUGGUCAGAACCUCGGUCUCCUUGUCACCGGGAUUUUCUGCUUCUGGAAGACGCUGUUUGGAAAGGAAGUGAAACCAGGGGCCAGAACAGCCUCACCCGUGGGGUGGGGACAGGAGAGGCGGCUGGCGUCUGGGAGGCUUGCAACUUCCUUCUUGGAAUCUGUUUGCCUGUUGCCUGAAAAAGAAAGAGGAAGAGACUCGUGCAGAUGGAGGCACAGGGAGAGACUCGACAGAUUUAGACCCCAGACAAUCACACGGGAGACAGACAGACAGACGGACAGGCGCCCCGAGAGGGGAGGACACAGGUGCCACACGCAGAGCCCUCCAAAAGACUUGCACUCGCCUGGCCGCUCCGCCCCCUGCAGGGCGGAGCUGGAGUUUGUUCAGAUCAUCAUCAUCGUGGUGGUGAUGAUGGUGAUGGUGGUGGUGAUCACGUGCCUGCUGAGCCACUACAAGCUGUCCGCACGCUCCUUCAUCAGCCGGCACAGCCAGGGCAGGCGGAGGGAGGACGCCCUCUCCUCGGAAGGAUGCCUCUGGCCCUCGGAGAGCACGGUGUCGGGCAGCGGGAUCCCAGAGCCGCAGGUCUACACCCCGCCCCGGCCCGCCGACCGCCUGGCCGUGCCCGCCUUCGCCCAGCGUGACCGCUUCCACCGCUUCCAGCCCACCUACCCGUACCUGCAGCACGAGAUCGACCUGCCGCCCACCAUCUCGCUGUCGGACGGGGAGGAGCCCCCGCCCUACCAGGGCCCCUGCACCCUGCAGCUGCGGGACCCCGAGCAGCAGCUGGAGCUGAACCGCGAGUCGGUGCGCGCGCCCCCGAACAGAACCGUCUUUGACAGUGACCUGAUGGACGGCGCCGGGCCCGGCGGCCCCCGCCCCCCCAGCAGUAACUCGGGCAUCAGCGCCACGUGCUACGGCAGCGGCGGGCGCAUGGAGGGGCCGCCGCCCGCCUACAGCGAGGUCAUCGGCCACUGCCCCGGCUCCGCCUUCCAGCACCAGCAGGGCAGCGGGCCGCCCUCCUUGCUGGAGGGGACGCGGCCCCCGCACACACACCCGGCGGCCCUGGAGAGCGCCGGCCUGUGGAGCAAGGAGAAGGAGAAGCAGAAAGGACACCCUCUCUAGGGCCCGGCCGCUGCGGCGGGCGGGAGGCAGAACGCUCUAGAACGCUCUGCACCUCUCUCUGCACCUCUCACGGGAGGAGAGAGGGGGAGGCGGCGGCACACGGAACACGCAGCGUGUGGCCGUCCUCUCCCGCCUCUCUGUGUAUAAAUAUUUACAUGUGAUGUCUGGCCCGAAUGCACAAGCUACGAAAGCUUGCA